AUGUCCCUCUGCAAGGAUCCUGCUACUACUUCUCAUCUUGAGCAUUAUAAAAGUGAGCUCACCAGGGAUAAGGACCUCAAGGAGUCAGUUUUUCAUGCUUGCACUGCUAUUGAAAAGGAAUUCCAUACCAAUGCUUCCAAGCAGUCUAUCUAUAAGGUGCUCAAGACCAUCACUGGAUGGGUUCAAAGUGAGCAAGGUCAGCUUGCAGAUGCCAGAGUCAUUGCAUGCAAUAAGGGCAAAGGCUGCACUAUUUGUCAUUCUCAUGUCACCAUUGAUACUGAGUCUGAUGAUGAUGAGGAUGAUCCAGACAAGGUAGCAGUCCAUUCUGAUUCUGAUACUGAGUCUAUUAAAAUGGUCAUUGAUGAGGAGGCCUCCAGGGCUGGGUGGUUUCUGAAGUUUUUCAAGGCUAAGUCUAGCAAUGUGGUUACUGAGGACAAGCAUAAGGAACCCUACAAGAUCAGAGUCUUUGCAUGUUAUCAGUGUCCCCUUCACUAA